AGUGACUAGUGCAUGCGCUGCACGAUCUAGAUGCUACAUUUCUUUCGUUUGGGAAGGACGUUUAGGAGAUCGGAAAAGAAAGUCUCACUAACGUUAGCAGUGACAAGUCUAUGUUGUUUCAAGGUUGCCAGGAAAUUCGCAAUAGAAAUGGCAAACACAGUGUCUGAGGAGCCAGCAAGUGCAAUGGAUGAGGCUAAAGACAAGGGGAUUUUGUCAGGGACUAAUCUUGAACAUGAUGAAGCUGAAGUAACAGCUCCUGUAUCACCAGCAGCGGGAUCAUCAGCUCCUGGAGGCGGAGCAGGAGAAUUGUCAAUUCCAGCAGGAUCAUCAGCUACUAGCUGUACUAGCGACAGGAUCUUAAGCUCCUCAAGCGACUUCAAUCCCAGGAGGAAGCAAUGUAACAGCUCCUGUAUCACCAGCAGCGGGAUCAUCAGCUCCUGGAGGCGGAGCAGGAGAAUUGUCAAUUCCAGCAGGAUCAUCAGCUACUAGCUGUACUAGCGACAGGAUCUUAAGCUCCUCAAGCGACUUCAAUCCCAGGAGGAAGCAAUGGUAAUUAUUGUUGUCACUGUUUAUUUUCAAAUGGUAAAUCAUGCAUGAAUUAAAUGAACAUUUUAGUUUUUAAUCAUUGUUGCCUUGAAUCUUUAUUAGUAGUAUUUAUCAUGACAAAAUAAGCUAAGGAAAUAAGAAUGGCGUUAAUUUAUUUAUCUUUUCUAAUUUUGUUUUGUUAAUAGUAACAGCUCCUGUAGCACUAGCAGCGGGGUCAUCAGCUCCUGGAGUAGCGGCCGGAUCAUCAGCUCCUCAAGCGACGGCAAUCCCCGGAGGAAGCAACGAUAAUUAUUGUUGUCACUGUUUUUUAUUAUGGUUAAUCGUCCCAAAAUUAAAUGAACAUCUUAUUUGGAAUCCGUGAUUUAAGAUGAAUGGAAUAUACAUAUGUUUUCAAAUUUUAUGCUCAUCCAAUCCUCAUCACUAAAUAAGCAUUGUAUUUAAUAGGCAGAAGAAUCACAAUGAAUACACAUAUCACACAACAAUUACUCAGUUACUAAAUUAAAGCUAUUGACUUGACAAUAAAUGACAUAAUAUGAUUCAUAAAUUAAUAGUUUGCUUUCUCUUUUAUGUUUUUCUCCUGCAGAUAUUGGGCCAUACUGUACAGCCAUGGAUCUUCACCGGGACCUCUUCACGGGACAGGAGGAUUUGCCCACUGUGGAGAAAUUGCAAAAGAGAACAGAAUGUCAAAUAUGGGAAUUGCUAGAAUAUUGAUCAAGUUAGGUGGUGUUUCUGCUAACGACCAUUAAGUUUGUAAUUAUGUUAAAGAGGUUGUAGCAAAGCACAAACAUAUUUUAAAAAAUGCUAAAGGUAUUGUACAGGAACAGAAAUUGUCCAGUCUACUAGAUGGGGAAUUCGUAGUCUUGAGAAGCAAGCAACUGAAGAAGCCAGACACUCCUAGGAAGAAGAAAAUGAGAGCGCAAAUCGCUGAAAUCAAGACGGAGAACAAAGGAGUCAAACGGAAAUUGGCAGGAAUGGAAGGAACGAUAGAAGACCAAAGGCAUCGUCUGGAGUUUCUAGAGGAGGAGCUUGCCAUGCGUAAAGCAAGACAGAUAGAAAUUGCUGAUUUCGGCACCCUAAAGGAUAGUUUUGUAUCCCUGUGCAACAAGAUGAAGAAAAUCACGGCAGAGUUUGAUCCAACUUGUCAGGAACUGAACGCCUACAAGAAAAAGUAUGAAGAAAAAGAAAAAGAACUGCU